CGUUUCCUUUGUAAUAACCUUCUCUGCUUUGUCUCUCUCUUCCUCACCCACCAUUGUUGCCACUCUCUGCAAACACCAAUACCCACGUUCCAAGUUCCGAUUUUUCGUUUCUGGGUCUCACUCAUUCCCUUCGAAUGUUACCCUUAGACCAUCACUAUCACUAUCUCUCUCCCCUAACUCACGCAAAAUGCAAACCCUACCAACCCUUUUCCCGCGCAAAUUCUAGGGUUUCCCUUUCACCAUUUGACCACACCCUCCGUCGUUUCAACCCCACCUCGUGUCGUUUCCGGUGCCUUAUUUCGCCCAGGCUCGUUCCGUGGGGACCCCGGACAUCAUCAUGGAUGUGCCGUUCCGCCGGAGAACCCGAUUCCGCGGCGGAUUCCGGCGAGGAGAAGGCCGGCGGCGAAGACGAUGCCGGCCCGGACCGGGGGAAGGAGAAACACGGGAAGGGCGGGUGGUGGUCGCGGUGGCGACGGUGGCGGUGGCAGCCCCUGAUUCAGGUUCAGGAAAUUGGGGUUUUGCUUCUGCAAUUAGGGAUUGUGGUAUUUGUCAUGCGGUUGCUCCGACCCGGAAUUCCGCUUCCCGGGUCGGACCCCAAGGCUCCGACGGUGUUUAUGAGUGUGCCUUAUAGCGAGUUUUUGAGUAGGGUCAAUAGUGAUCAGGUGCACAAGGUGGAGGUUGAUGGGGUCCACAUCAUGUUCAAGUUGAAGGCUGGUGUUGGAACAAGCCAUGAUGGUGGUGAUGUUGUUUCAGGGAGUGGUAGUAGUAGUAGUAAUAGGUUGCAGGAAUCAGAGUCUUUGGUGAAGAGUGUUGCACCAACUAAGAGGAUAGUUUACACUACCACAAGGCCAAGUGAUAUCAGAACUCCCUAUGAAAAGAUGCUGGAGAAUGAGGUCGAGUUUGGGUCGCCGGAUAAGCGGUCUGGCGGGUUCUUUAACUCUGCAUUGAUAGCCCUGUUUUAUGCUGCUGUGCUUGCAGGGCUUCUCCAUCGAUUCCCUGUAAGCUUUUCUCAGCAUACUGCUGGACAGAUUCGGAACCGCAAAUCAGGCAUUUCUGCUGGUAUGAAGUCAUCUGAUCAAGGUGAAACAGUCACUUUUGCUGAUAUAGCUGGUGUUGAUGAAGCUAAAGAGGAGUUAGAAGAGAUUGUGGAGUUUCUUCGAAAUCCAGACAGAUACAUAAGGCUUGGUGCUCGCCCACCUCGUGGUGUUCUCUUGGUGGGUCUUCCUGGCACAGGUAAGACUUUACUAGCAAAGGCUGUGGCAGGGGAAGCUGAUGUGCCAUUUAUAAGUUGUUCUGCUAGUGAGUUUGUAGAAUUGUAUGUUGGCAUGGGUGCUUCCCGUGUAAGAGAUCUAUUUGCAAGGGCUAAAAGGGAAGCUCCGUCCAUAAUCUUUAUUGACGAGAUAGAUGCUGUGGCUAAAAGUCGUGAUGGUAAAUUUCGCAUUGUCAGCAAUGACGAACGAGAGCAAACCUUAAAUCAGUUGCUCACUGAGAUGGACGGGUUUGACAGCAAUUCUGCAGUGAUUGUUCUUGGGGCUACUAAUAGGUCAGAUGUCUUGGACCCUGCACUUCGCCGUCCUGGAAGAUUUGAUCGUGUAGUUAUGGUGGAAACACCUGAUAGGAUUGGAAGAGAAGCCAUCCUAAAAGUUCAUGUUUCCAAGAAGGAACUUCCUUUAGCCAAUGAUGUUAACCUUGGUGACAUUGCUUGUAUGACCACUGGUUUUACUGGAGCGGAUCUUGCAAAUCUAGUAAAUGAGGCUGCUUUACUGGCUGGAAGACAAAAUAAAGUUGUGGUGGAGAAAUUUGAUUUCAUCCAAGCUGUAGAAAGAUCUAUAGCUGGCAUAGAAAAGAAGACUGCCAAGUUACGAGGAAGUGAGAAGGCUGUAGUUGCACGACAUGAGGCUGGUCAUGCUGUAGUAGGUACUGCAGUUGCAAAGCUGCUUCCUGGACAGCCACGUGUUGAGAAACUAAGUAUAUUGCCAAGGUCAGGAGGGGCUUUGGGCUUUACUUAUACUCCUCCAACAACUGAGGAUAGGUACUUGCUAUUCGUUGAUGAGUUGCAUGGUCGCCUGGUGACCCUUCUUGGUGGACGCGCAGCUGAAGAAGUUGUUUAUUCUGGUCGAGUGUCAACAGGUGCACUUGAUGACAUACGACGUGCAACUGACAUGGCAUAUAAGGCUAUAGCUGAAUAUGGUCUUAAUCAGACCAUAGGCCCCGUGUCAAUAGCCACUCUUUCUAGUGGUGGAAUUGAUGAGUCUGGGGGAGCAGUUCCUUGGGGAAGGGAUCAGGGACAUCUUGUUGACCUUGUCCAAAGAGAGGUGCAAACAUUACUGCAGUCUGCGCUGUCUGUAGCACUUUCCAUUAUUCGAGCUAAUCCUACUGUUUUGGAGGGUCUUGGUGCUCAUUUGGAAGAAAAAGAGAAAGUUGAGGGCGAAGAGCUACAGGAGUGGCUAAGCUUAGUGGUGGCACCCACAGAGCUUGCCAUCUUUGUCAAAGGUACACAACAGUCUCUUCUCCCAUCGGAGACAGGCUCCUGACAGAUGGGAGCUGUUUAUUAUGCUAGCUAUGCGGACUGUAACUUGGGGGUGUGAAUUGACAUAAUUUCCCGAAGCCACUGAAGUUAUAUCUCAAAUAACACGAGCUCACCUUUACAACUUUGUACAUUCCUGUAAGGUGAAUUUUGGCAUCGUUUUUAACAAGUAGCCAGCCUGUUAUUUGUGAUAUAAUUCACUCAACCAAAGGUCCCAAGCCAUGGGAAAUGGAAGAUGCAAAUAUGCACAUUAAUGCCUCCUCAAAGGUUUCAUAAACUGGUGCCACCUUUAUUACAUACAUGGUAUAUGAUUUGUUUGUUCACUGACUAUUAUUUUGGUCACAUGUGAUGGGCUGCAAAUGUAAUUGUUGUGUAGUUGUGUACAGUUUGAUUAUGUGAAAUAUAUAUAUAAUAAGCACUCUGCCAUGUGUUACUCAAAAA